AUGGCCGAGAAGAAGAUUGCUAAACGGUCGGGUCAGCUGACCACGGAUGAAACUGCUAAGCAGAUUGCACAGGCCCUUUUCGAUUUGGAAAAUAACGUCCCAGAAUUGAAAAAGGACUUAAAGCCCUUACAAAUUACUGACGCUAAAGAGUACGAAUUAGGUGGAGGUAAAAAGGCCAUUGUGAUUUUUGUGCCGGUUCCUGCAUUGAAACAAUUUCACAAAAUCCAACCAAGGCUAACUCGUGAACUAGAAAAAAAAUUCGCGGACCGACAUAUUGUUUUCAUCGCGGAUCGUCGUAUUUUACGUAAACCCGGCCGUAAGUCUCGUGUUAAGCAAGCUCGUCCUCGAUCUCGUACUCUUACUUCAGUUCAUGAAAAAUACCUUGAAGAUUUGGUGUAUCCAACCGAGAUUGUGGGUAAAAGGAC